AAAUGUUGGUGCCGGCGCGGAAUGGAACAAAGAAUGUGAUCGUUGCCACUGCUGAAGCCAAGGUUAAACGCGUAGUCUUCACAUCUUCAAUCGGUGCCGUCUACAUGGACCCCAAUAGAGAUCCCGAUGUGGUUGUGGAUGAGUCCUGUUGGAGUGACCUAGAGUUUUGCAAGAACACCAAGAACUGGUAUUGCCAUGGGAAAACCGUGGCGGAGCAAGCAGCAUGGGAUGAGGCCAAAGAGAGAGGAAUGGACUUGGUUGUGGUGAACCCAGUUCUUGUGCUUGAACCGCUGCUUCAACCAACCAUCAACGCCAGCACUGUCCACAUCCUCAAGUACUUGAAUGGCUCAGCCAAGACUUAUGUCAAUUCAGCUCAGGCAUAUGUGCAUGUUAUGGAUGCGGCAUUAGCACACAUACUGGUGUAUGAAACUGCCUCUGCUUCUGGCUGUUAUCUUUGCGGCGAGAGCUCCCUUCACCGUCGCGAUGUCGUUGAAAUCCUUGCCGAGUCCUUCCCUGAAUAUCCAGUACCCACCAAGUAA